UAAUGACUGAUUCGUUGAAGAAAUUGAGGACUCCGGAAGAUUGAUUCUGUUAUCACGAAACCCCAAAGUGACACGCUACCGAUAAGAUAACGACGAGCAUAGGACACAUACCCGUGCUUAAUUAGUCAUAGUUUUCCCAGUUGCAAUCGUUGCGAUCGUUCUUUGGAGAGGCAAACUGUUCAAACAAAAACAGAAGACAGUCAGCGAGAAAGUUGCAAACGGUGCGCCUACGCUCCGUACUAUAUUUGGGGCAGUGCGUAUCGCGUAACAUAUGGUGAUGGAGCCUGGAGCUGGUGUGAAUACGGCGGAUUUGAUUGCGCUGAAAGAGCGAAUGAAGAUUAUUGCCAGUGCAGAUCCCAAGCAAUACCACAAUGAAUUCUCACUGCGACGCUAUCUGCUCGCAUUCAAAACUGUAGACGCUGCCUUCCAGGCUAUACUUAAAACCAACAAAUGGCGUGAAGAGUACGGUGUCGAGAAUUUGGUCAACAGCCCAGCAAUUCAAGCGAACGCUACUAAGGCGCGAGUAUUACUACACAGAGACUGCGUUGGGCGACCGGUCAUCUAUAUUCCCGCGAAAAACCACUCAUCUGAGCGAGACAUCGACGAGUUAACUAAAUUCAUCGUUCACUGCCUGGAAGAGGCAUGCAAACGAUGCUUCGAAGAAGUAACCGACAAUUUGUGCAUCGUAUUCGACAUGGCUGAUUUCAGUACUUCUUGCAUGGAUUAUCAGCUGAUCAAGAAUUUGAUUUGGUUACUGAGUAAACACUAUCCAGAGCGGUUGGGGGUGUGUUUGAUUCUCAAUGCACCAAUUGUGUUCUCCACAAUUUGGCCAGUGAUCAAAGCUUGGCUGGAUGAGAAAACAUCCAGUAAAGUUUGCUUCGUUUCCGGCGAACAAGAAUUGUGCAAGUAUCUCAUCCCGGAUAUUCUGCCCACGGAUAUGUGAACGCCAUCCGAGUGAUUCUUCAGAGACCGUAGCUUCGAUACUACCGUACCCACCAUCACUUUUAGAGCUACUAGUGAGAUAUAUUUUUGAGAGAAUAAAACCUUGCGUAAGUUACUAGGAGAUUUCAAAUUCAAUUGGCUCAAAGUCAUUGAUAUAGAAGCAUUCCCAACCGUUCUUAACAAUAUCCUUUUGCUGAACAUUUCCAGACAAAUUCAGGAUAAAUGUCCGUACUAUUUUAUUUGGUGUUAUAUCUUAACCGAGAGCGGAAUUGCUUGUAAAUGUGUAGUGAUCAUAGCCGAUAUGUACAAACGUGAAUUGUCAAAGGUGCAUAUUGUUGAGAAUAAAUGUAUUACUGUCGAACAGAA